CCCACAUCCUGCUCUAUCUCUUUAACAAAAAAAAAAAAAAAAUUGUUCCAACGGUCAACAAAAAAAAAGAGGGAGAAGAAAGCUUAUAAUUAAGCUUUAUUCUCAAACCAACGAUGCUCUCUCUUCAUCAAACUUCUUCUCUCAAUUCUCUCUUCUUGCCAAGUCAUCGUAAAAUUCAACAUUAUGGGUUUCCAAGAUUUCGAAGGACGUGGAGGAAUUCAAUGGCCUUGGCCACAAAACCUCUGUUAGAAGAUGGGGUUUUGAGGAUUGAUGGGCGAGAUACACUUACGGAGGUGCCCGAAAAUGUCGUCGUGUCUCCGGCGAUGGAGGGGGCGGUGUACUUGGGGGCGGCGGCCGAGGAGGGGAAGAGCAGCCGCCAUGUCUUCAAGCUUGGUGUUCUUAGGGAUCAUCGGCUACUCUCCUUAUUUAGAUUCAAGAUAUGGUGGAUGAUACCGCGAAUGGGAAAUUCAGCAAGCGAUGUCCCAAAAGAAACACAAAUGUUGCUCUUGGAAGCAAAAGGCGAUAAAAAUGAAACAUUCUAUAUCGUGUUAUUGCCUGUAUUGGAUGGGCUCUUUAGGACCAGUUUGCAAGGGAAUUCAUCGGAUGAACUUGAGUUUUGCAUCGAAAGUGGUGACCCUGAGGUAGAAGAAUCUCAAUUCUCAGAAGCAGUGUUUGUGAACUAUGGUGAUAAUCCUUUUGAUCUUAUGAAAGAUUCCAUGAAAAUACUAGAAGAACUAAAGGGUACUUUUUCGCCUCGUGAAAAGAAGAAGAUGCCAGAAAUGUUGGACUGGUUUGGUUGGUGCACUUGGGAUGCCUUUUAUUUUGAUGUAAAUCCUCAAGGAAUUGAACAAGGUCUAAGGAGUUUAUCAUCAGGAGGGACUCCACCAAGAUUUCUGAUAAUAGAUGAUGGUUGGCAAGAUGUAGAUAAUGAAUUCCAGAAAGAAGGUGAACCAAUUAUUGAAGGUUCUCAAUGGGGAGGAAGGCUAGCAAGCAUCAAUGAAAACAGCAAAUUCAACAGCUCUGCAGGUUUAUCAGUUAAUGGAGAAAUAAAUGACAUGAAGGACUUCAUCACAGCUAUUAAAAAGACAUUUGGGUUAAAGUACGUGUAUGUUUGGCAUGCUCUUAUGGGGUACUGGGGAGGAGUUCAUCCAAAUGCACAGAAAACCAAGAAAUAUAACUCUACGCUACUUUACCCUAGUCAAUCUCCUGGAAAUCUCGCACAUUCAAAUGAUGCAGCUAUGGAUAGCAUGGAUAAAUAUGGUGUUGCUAUGAUUGAUCCUAACAAAGCAUUUGAAUUCUAUGACGAUCUACAUAGUUAUCUAGUCUCACAAAAGGUUGAUGGUGUUAAAGUUGACGUACAAAAUAUUCUCGAAACUUUGGCGAAAGGUUAUGGUGGUCGUGUAUCUUUAACUCAUCAAUUUCAGCAAGCACUCGAGAAAUCUAUAUCGAAAAACUUUAGGGAUAAUAGCAUAAUUUGCUGCAUGGGUCAGAAUACAGACUCUAUCUACAGUUCAAAAGUAAGUGCUAUCACCAGAGCAUCAGAUGAUUAUAUGCCAAAAAACGAGACAUCGCAAACUUUGCAUGUCGCUGCUGUCGCCUUUAAUAGCAUAUUUCUUGGGGAAGUUGUGGUUCCAGAUUGGGAUAUGUUCUAUAGCAAACACUACGCAGCGGAGUUUCAUGCAGCUGCAAGGGCUUUGGGUGGCUGUGGUGUGUAUGUCAGCGACAAGCCAAACGAGCACGACUUCACAUUGCUCAGAAAGCUCGUACUCCCCGAUGGUUCAGUCCUAAGAGCUAAGUAUCCCGGUAGGCCAACCAGAGACUGCUUAUUCAAUGAUCCAGUCACGGACGGUAAAAAUCUUCUAAAGAUUUGGAAUGUGAAUGAGGUUACCGGGGUUCUAGGAGUAUUUAACUGUCAAGGAGCAGGGUCAUGGUAUGGUGUCGAUGGCGCUCAAAAUACAAGCCCGGAAACUGAAAUCAAAGGUUUUGUGAGUCCAAGUGAUGUUGAGCAUCUUGAAGAAGUUGCAGGAGAGGAUUGGACUGGUGAUUGUGCUGUUUAUUCUUAUAAUGCUGGUUCUCUACGUAGAUGGCCAAAGGAUGGGUCAUUUGAUGUUGCUCUUAAAGUUCUAGAGUCUGAAGUUUUUACAAUUUCUCCAAUCAAGAGUUACAACCAAACAAUUCAGUUUGCACCCAUCGGACUCGUAAAAAUGUACAAUUCAGGGGGAGCUGUCAAAGCCGUUGAGCUCUCAGGUGAAGAUAACUGCCGUCUGCGCAUCGAAGGGAGAGGGCCAGGUCUCUUCGGUGCUUAUUCAAGCAGAGAACCAAAAACUUGUACGGUGAACUCGAAAGAUGUAGGGUUCAACUUUAGCAGCAAGGACAACUUUUUGACGCUAACAAUUCCUCUUGGGCGCAAGUCUUGGACAUUAGAUGUACACUAUUGAGGGUCGGUCUGGUCUUCAAACGGAGUUCUGUUACAAUUUUUUUCGUAUCACUGUGCUGGAUGACCUAUAUAAGUACAUUACAGAGUAUAAAAGUUCAUCAUCUAAGAAAUGUAAAAUGUUCUUGUAAAUCUCUGAUCUGAGUUUCUGUCGUCGCAUAUUCUUCUUACUUGUAAGCAGGGGAUGGCUUUUCAAA